AUGAGCGCCAACACGAUCUCCACGAUCUACCGCACGCCAGAAUCUGCCGCAGCAUCGCCCGAUCUUCUCUCGGGCACACCUACCGCACCAGGCCGUAACAGAGCGACUAGCGAGGAUGGCUACUUCAAUAUCACCUGGAGUGAGGAGCUCAAAGGUCUCCCAUCCGCCAUCUCUAUGAGCCGAAGCAACAUUACCGAACAAGAGAUCAUCCUCAGCUCCCCGCCUGCAGGUCUCCUUUUCAAGCGCCGACUUUGGAACCGUGAGACGGAUCACGGCCGACUAUGUGACCCUGACGGCUGGCAAGGCUCACUUGAGAACGAAGAAAGAUUCGAAGAGCAACGCCAGAUCAAUGAGGAGUGGCUGGAAGAUAGAGAUCUGCUGCCGCUUGAUCCAAGCGUGUUCAAGAAAGUUGACUGGAAGAAGCAUGCGACGCUGUUCGAAGUGCCCGUGUCACCGAAGACGAUUUUGAUCGAAGGAGGCAUUGUCGAAUGCCCGUGGGUUCAGGCUGCAGAAGCUCAUGGCUCACUCAACAACAGUCGCCGCCACCAUGCGAGACUCCAGGCGAACCUGCAGUGGAUGAGUGAACGUGGAGAAUCGCCGCUUUCGGUUGAUACAUUUACCGCGAUCAACUGGUACACCGGCUCUUCAAAAGAAGAUCCGCACUCCAUGAGCAGCCCACGAGGCACCGAAUACGUCUUCCCAGAGGCCGACACAGUCAGGUACGACUCAUUCAUUGGCAACACGCGGUACCAGUACGCCUACUCAUCUCCCUCGCCAACAACUGACAGCCUCAUCUCUUUCGCCGACCUCAUCAGCAAGUACAACUACGCCUUCGGUUCUGGUGACAAGAGCCCUGGCUCCUCAAUUGGUAGGACACAGUUCCCAUACCCCUCCCCAUCGUCAAUCGGCAGGACACAAUACCCGUACCCAUCACCCACUUCACCGCCUAGUCUAACCAACGACACCAGUUCCGAUUCCUCCAGCUACGAUGACGAAGAACCCAUCCUCCAAACGGCCGCUAUCGCGCUCGUUAUCUCUCCUCGCAGCUCGAAAGCGUCGAUGCUGAGUGCAGGAAACGUAUCGCAAGCGCGACGCUCUCCACGUGGAUCCGCAACUUUCGGAAUGCCAAUGCAGGAGGGCGAAGGACCCGUUGAGCUUCGCGUUACCCAGGAUGAGCUUAGAGGGCCACCCAGUCCAGUGGUGCGACUCAUCGUAAUCGGUGGGAAAGCAGUACGGCAGGGCGAUGAGGAUGACUCAGGGCCAGGAUGGGCGAGCGAUUCGUUGUUGAGGACUCCGACCGUUGCAGGGCAUAGGCCAUGCGGAAUCUGGAAGAAGACAAAAGGUGUGUUUGGGAGGCUGGAUUGUCGGGGUAGGAAGUGA